GUUCAUUUCUAAUCCAUCCAUGGUCCUAUGCCGUAGCUGCUAACACCCUCCAUCUGUCCCUGUCCUCAUAUAAAACCAACCCAUUGUCCCGCAUUACUAAACUCUCAUAAUUCACGGGGACUCUCCUCUCAUCCUUUGUCUGCCUGUGUUUCAUCCACUGUGAACUCAUCCUACCAUCUCCAAAAGUUUCACCAUGUCUGAUGUAGAGGAGGAAUAUGAAGAACAAGCAGAGGAGGAGGAAGAGGCUGCAGAGGAUGCAGAAGCAGAACAGCAGGAGUAUACAGAAUACCAAGAUGAGACUCAGGAAGAAGAGGAGGAAAGACCCCGGCCCAAGCCCAUGGUUCCACAACUUGCCCCUCCAAAGAUUCCAGAGGGUGAGCGAGUUGAUUUCGAUGAUAUUCACCGAAAAAGGAUGGAGAAGGACCUUCUGGAGUUACAGACUUUAAUUGACGUCCACUUUGAGCAGAGGAAGAAAGAGGAGGAAGAACUGAUCGGUCUCAAGGAGAGAAUUGAGCGACGGCGUGCUGAAAGAGCAGAGCAGCAGCGUGUUAGAGCAGAGAAAGAAAGAGACAGACAAACAAGGAUUGCGGAAGAGCGCCAGAGGAAAGAGGAUGAGGAAGCUAAGAAGAGAGCAGACGAUGAGGCCAAGAAGAAGAAGGUUUUGUCCAAUAUGGGGGCAAACUUUGGUGGCUUCUUAGCCAAGGCAGAGCAGAAACGGGGGAAGCGUCUGACUGGACGAGAGAUCAAGAGAAAGACUCUUUCAGAGAGGCGCUCACCUCUUGGCAUCGAAAAUAUGCGCGAGGAUGGUUUGAGGCAACGAGCUCAGGAGAUGUGGAACUGGAUUUACCAGCUGGAGUCAGAAAAGUUUGACCUCUUGGAUCAAAUGAAGAGGCAGAAGUAUGAGAUUGUUGUUCUGCUGAACAGGAUUUCUCAUGCUCAAAAGUUCAAAAAAGGCCAUGGUAAAGGAAAGGUUGGAGGUCGCUGGAAAUAAGAAACUGGGAAAAUAAUGAAAAGACACCAUGGAUGCUUUUGCUUUUGACUCUUCUGACAAUUUCACAGCCUCUGCAAAAGAAAUAACAUUUCUGAAUGGAUUUGAAGCUCCUCUCUGACCUUAUGUGCUUGGAUUAGAUUACUCGCUUCUGUAUUAUUUUCAAUCGUAAGGCACUUUGAAUAAAAGUAUCUGCUUAAUUAAUAAAUGUCAAUGAAAAAUG